UUGGAGAGACAGACAGAGACAAAUACAAAGGAGCUUUUCGCUUUGCCGACUUUGUACCAUUUAAUAGUUUGUUGGAGCUCCACUAGCAUGUUUUCAUUGAUGCUUCCCCACAAGCAGCCAAACUCUUUUCUUCUUUUGCUUACUCCAGCUGACAACUAACCCAGGAUGGAGCAUGGAGACCGAGGGAUGGGAGUCUCUCACCUUCGCUACGAGGAUGAGGAGGAUCAUCAGUCCAUCUACAUUGGUGUCCCAGUAGCUCGAAGAUAUCGACGUAAACGCAGGCGAAGGCGUUCUAGUCGAGAAGGUAGCGACAUGGACAGAGACAGACAUUACAGCCACCACAGACACCAAGAGCAUGACCGGUACAGAGAGAUAGAUAUGGAGGAGGGACUCAUGGAUUCAGCAGAGCAAAGUCUCCAAGACAUCAACCGUACAAUGUCUCCAGCGGCAGAGCGGCUACGUUACAUCCUAAGUGAAGACGAUGACAUGCCAACACCAACGCUCUUCACUGAGAUGGACACUCUACAGAGAGAAGGAGACGAGCUAGAGUGGAAGGAGUCUGCCAGGUGGGUGAAGUUCGAGGAAAAAGUAGAGGAGGGAGGGGAGAGGUGGAGUAAACCCCAUGUGUCCACACUGUCCCUGCACAGUCUUUUUGAGCUCAGGACAUGUCUCCAGACAGGAACAGUGCUGCUGGAUUUGGACGGCUACUCGCUGCCUCAAAUAGUUGAUGACAUCAUUGAGAGACAGAUAGAGGAAGGCAUGAUAUCUCCUGAUCUCAGAGAAAAGAUCAGCUUUGUCCUGCUGAGGAAGCAUCGACACCAGACCAAGAAACCGAUCCACCGUUCCUUAGCUGACAUUGGCAAGUCCAGCUCUUCUACCAAUCGGAAUGUUGGACCCCGAGGUGGAACGGGUCCGGGGCAAAUGGCCAACUUCAACAGGUCCACAGAGGACCUCCGAAUAAAGCAGCAGUCAGCAGCCAACUAUGGCCGCCUGCGUCACGCCCAGAGUAGGAGUAUGAAUGAUAUCGCGGACACUCCAAGCACAGACCAGUUGAAAAAUAAAUUCAUGAAGAAGAUCCCCAGAGACGCGGAGGCUUCCAAUGUCUUAGUAGGCGAGGUGGACUUCCUCAACAAACCUUUUGUAGCGUUUGUUCGCCUGGCCCAAGCUACAACUCUAGGAGGUCUGACAGAGGUCCCUGUUCCCACCAGAUUUCUGUUUAUUCUGCUGGGGCCCCAAGGAAAGGCCAAGUCGUAUAAUGAGAUCGGCAGAGCAAUAGCAACUCUAAUGGUGGAUGAUCUCUUCAGUGAUGUAGCCUACAAGGCAAGAGAUCGGGAAGAUCUUAUUGCAGGAAUAGAUGAGUUUCUGGAUGAAGUGAUUGUGCUUCCACCUGGGGAAUGGGAUCCCAAAAUCCGCAUUGAGCCGCCUAAGAAGGUUCCCUCGGCUGACAAAAGGAAGUCAGUAUUUUCCCUAAAUGAGCUGGGACAGAUGAACGGCACAGCUGGCGGAGGAGGAGGCCUGGCAGAAGACGAGGAGAUGCCAGUUCAGCAUGAGCUUGGAGAGGAGCUGGCAUUCACUGGACGGUUCUGUGGGGGUUUGUACCUGGACAUAAAGAGGAAAUUGCCGUGGUUCCCUAGUGAUUUCUACGAAGGGUUCCACAUUCAGUCCAUCUCCGCUGUGCUUUUCAUCUACUUAGGCUGCAUCACCAAUGCCAUCACCUUUGGUGGGCUCCUUGGGGACGCCACUGACAAUUACCAGGGUGUGAUGGAGAGUUUCCUGGGUACAGCCCUGGCUGGUUCUGUCUUCUGUUUCUUUGGUGGUCAGCCUCUCAUCAUCCUCAGUUCCACUGGACCCAUCCUCAUCUUUGAAAAGCUGCUGUUUGAAUUCAGCAAGAACAACAGCAUAGAUUACAUGGAGCUGCGUCUGUGGAUCGGCAUGCACUCGUGCCUGCAGUGUUUCAUCCUCGUAGCUACAGAUGCCAGUUACAUCAUCAAAUACAUGACGCGUUUUACAGAGGAGGGCUUCUCCAGCCUUAUAUCCUUCAUCUUCAUCUCCGACGCCAUCAAGAAGAUGGUGGGCGCCUUCAAAUAUUAUCCCAUCAACACAGACUUUAAGCCCGACUAUGUCACCACCUACAAGUGCGAGUGCCUGGCCCCAGACCCGAUGGCUGCAAUGAUCUUCAAUGGUUUAGCUCCAAUGCCAGAUAACAGCUCUAGUGUCUCUGGGUUGAAUGUGACAGCUCUGGACUGGAGCCAGCUAAGCAAGAAGGAGUGUGUGAAGUACGGAGGCUCUCUGGUGGGAAAGUCCUGCAAGUACGUCCCCGAUCUGGCCCUCAUGUCCUUCAUCCUCUUCUUUGGCACCUACUCCAUGACCGUCUCCCUCAAGAAGUUCAAGUUUAGCCGCUACUUCCCAACCAAGCUGAGGAAACUCAUCAGUGACUUCUCUAUCUUCAUGUCCAUCAUGACCUUUGUUGGGCUGGAUAUGUUAAUGGGACUCAAAACCCCCAAGCUUAUUGUCCCAACAGAAUUUAAGCCAACUCGACCGGAUCGUGGCUGGCUUGUGAUGCCUUUUGGGAAGAAUCCGUGGUGGGUGUAUCUGGCCAGCUUUGUGCCCGCCCUGCUUGUCACCAUCCUCAUCUUCAUGGAUCAGCAGAUCAGCGCUGUCAUUGUUAACCGCAAGGAGAACAAACUUAAGAAAGGCUGUGGCUAUCACCUGGAUCUGUUCUGGGUUGGAGUCCUGAUGGCCACGUGCUCCUUCUUGGGUCUGCCCUGGUACGUGGCUGCCACCGUCAUCUCUAUUGCUCACAUCGAGUCUCUGAAGAUGGAGAGUGAAUCGAGUGCUCCAGGAGAGCAGCCGCAGUUCCUCGGGGUCAGAGAACAAAGAAUGACAGGCAUACUGGUGUUUGUUCUCACUGGAGUCUCCAUCUUCCUUGCUCCUGUACUUAAGUUCAUCCCCAUGCCUGUGCUGUACGGUGUCUUCCUCUACAUGGGUGUAGCGUCUCUCAGUGGAAUCCAGUUCUGGGACAGGAUAAAGUUGUACAUGAUGCCUUCCAAGCACCAACCUGACUUCACCUACCUGCGUCAUGUUCCUCUCAGGAGGGUACACCUGUUCACUCUGAUCCAGAUUACAUGUCUGGCUGUGCUCUGGGUCCUCAAGUCCACCUUCUUGGCCAUCAUAUUUCCCGUUAUGAUCCUGGGUCUGAUGGUGGUCAGAAAGAUGCUGGACAUGGUCUUCUCCCAGCACGACUUGGCAUGGCUGGAUGACCUCCUGCCUGAAAAAGAGAAGAAGAAGAAGGAUGAUGACAAGAAGAAGGGGAAGGAGAAGGAGAAAGAGAAGAAGAAGCCCAAACCUGAUGACAGUGAGGAGGAGGACAAGUACCACGGCUACGCGAACCACUCACCCAGCUCUGAGUCAGACUUGGAUCGAAGCAUCACCCUCCAUUUGAAGAUCUCCUGCCCGUCGUCUCCAACCAUGCCCAUGGGCCGAGGAGUGCCGUGCCCGGUGCCCCAGGUCAAGAUUGAGAUGGAGUCAGAUUACGAUUCAGACAUCGACCACCACCGGCCUCGUGACAUGAGCAGUGAGACCACAUUAUAAAGCUGAGACACGAUAUCUCAUUGACUGAAGAACAUAAAACAAAGUGUGGACAGACUACUGAAAGCAGCCAGUGCUGACCCGCAGACAGCACAGGAGGGCACAGACACCCGACAGCUGAACCCAGUGAGAUGGGACUGAUGCAAUAACUGCACUUAAGAUAAGAUUGCACUUGGAUAGGUUUUUUUUUAAAAUAUUAUUUUAAACUGGUCCAUUUGGCAUACAUUGCUCUGAAUAGUACAUUGAAAACUAUAUACUUGUGUAUGUGUAUAAUGUAAAGGACUGUAACAAGCAGAAAUAUUUAUCUGUAUAGUGUUUGUUGUGAAAAUGUAUCUUAUUAUAGCUAUAUUGUACUAUCAUUGUAAUUACACUAAAUCCACACUAUUCAAGGCCCAAACUUACUGUACUAUGCUCUCAUGAGCCUGCGUGAAACAUGAAAAUAAGCAAUACCUUAGCAACCAGAGCCAUGCCUUUGUUGCACUUGUGUUUUGGUGUGUUUGAAUAUACAACAGUGAACCUGACCCUCCCCACCUCCCAAUUUCCCCCCAGUUCAACACUAUAAUAGCACAAGCAGGAGUAAAAAGAAACAACCAAAAGGCCAUGAUGUUGUGAUGUUUGUUGAAAAGAAUCCAUUUAUUUUGUAAGAUGUAGCGAGCAGGUUCAUAUUAGUGUGUGAGAAAUUAAUUACUUCAACCACAUAGUGAAGACAUUUACACACAAAGAAUAUUAAUGAACUAACAGAAUUUGUGUAAUUAAACUUCCAUUAUUUCAAACUGUGCAUGUGUUUUUUCCUCAGAGGUAUACAGCAGGGAUGUAUCGCAGCCAAAUCUGUGGCUUAGCAAAUGUUGAUUAUUCCAGCAGUGCUUUCAUUCCUUCUGAUCCAAGACCAAUGAGGCACAUUUUGCUAAACAUUAAACCUCAUGUAUCGGGUGGGGGAAUACAACAAGGCUUUAAUAUGAGCAAUGUGGACUUCUGCAGCCACACACUUCAAUAAAUACAUUUAUAAAUAAAUAUGCCAUCUUCUUAGAAAUGCAUUGAUCUAAAAUAUGAUAGAUGACCCCGUACAAAUUCUGACUUUGUAGAUUCUCAAACAUACAAGAGACACCUACUGAUGACUGAAAUCCAAAGAACAAUUGCGCAACAACAAAGAAGUUGGUAGAAGAAAAACUUCCAGGGCGAAAAAGAGAAUUCUAAAUCCUUAUUUUAGUAAAAA